AUGCCUAUGUCCGACCUCCUGGUGGACGGAGCCACGAAGCACGAGCUCCUGUCUUUCAUGGACAGCCACACUGGUUACAACCAAAUCUUCAUAGCCGAGGAAGAUGUCCACAAGACGGCGUUCAGAUGUCCAGGCGCAAUCGGGACUUAUGAAUGGAUGGUCAUGCCAUUCGGCCUGAAGAACGCCGGCGCGACGUACCAACGAGCUAUGAACCUUAUUUUCCAUGACCUGAUUGGCCGAACCGUUGAAGUCUACAUCGACGACGUUGUUGUAAAAUCCCCAUCCAAAGCCGACCACGUGGGGCAUCUCCGACAGGCUUUCAAUCGAAUGCGGGCACACGACCUAAACAUGAACCCUAACAAAUGUGCUUUCGGCGUCACCGCCGGGAACUUUCUUGGUUUCUUAGUUCACCAACGAGGGAUCGAGGUAGAUAAAAAUAAAGCCACGACCAUUAUGGCAGCACCUCCGCCAAGGAGCAAGAAGGAACUCCAGUCCUUCCUCGGUAAGGUCAACUUUUUAAGACGGUUCAUAUCCAAUUUGGCAGGGAAAAUCCGACCGUUGACUCCUCUGCUCAAACUAAAAGACACGGAACGGUUCGUGUGGGGGGCAGAACAUCAAGCGGCCCUCGACGAUAUCAAGAAAUAUUUAUCUCAACCACCGGUCCUUAUGCCACCGAAAAUAGCGAAACCCUUGAGGCUUUACAUUUCGGCUUCAGAGGGCUCUAUCGGUUGUCUGCUGGCUUAG